UCCUCCUCUGGUCUACUUUCUACUUUAGCAUCCACUUUCCUCCUACUUGAUCUUCUACGCUGUCUUCGACUCUCUCAUCAAAAGUCUGCAAAGAAAACACUUAUUCCACAUAAUUUGAAUCCUUGUUACUAGCCUCCUCCUACCAAGAACUGUUCCGCCUCCCCUGUUUGAAUCCCUCCGGCUACUGCCGAGUGCCGCGCACUUAAGUGAUUGAUCGGCCGGACGGGCCAACCAUAUCCCACGCACCAAUGGAUCCGCUCGCCUCCCUCCGGCAGCUGGUCCAAACCUAUCCUCUCAUCGAUAACCAUGCUCAUAACCUCCUCAAUAAGUCCAAUGCCUGCAAUUAUGAGAAGUACGCUUUCGAGCAGAUCACCUCCGAAGCACAAGGCAUCGCUUUAGAAAAUGCGCCUCACACCUUACCCCUGCAACGUGCGGCCCAUCAACUAGCUACUCUGUAUGACUCUCCCUCCAAUGACUGGGAUCGUGUCAAGGAGGCCCGCGAUCAGUGGGUGAAACGCGAUUAUGAUGAGCUCAUCCGCCGCUGCCUCGAAGGUACCCACAGCCUUCUUCUAGACGAUCUGCUUACAGACGAAGACAUUGAGCCGUUUGAUUGGCAUGAUCGCUUCACGACAGCUCCGACCAAGCGGAUCGUACGCAUUGAGGUUGUGGCCGCCCAGGUUCUCGCUGCUAUCCUCCCUGAGGGGUACUCAGAGGCCUUGGAUGACGUGACGAACCUAAGGCAGACGUUCGAUCGAUUUCGUGAAGGCUUUCAUCAAGAGAUUGAGAAAGCGGUUGCGGAUGCCGUUGUAGUCGGGUUCAAAUCUGUCAUUUGCUACCGCACAGGCUUACAUGUUCAAUGUGCCGACGACAAGGAUGAUGACAGCCGUCUACUGCAAUCAUUUGCUCGGACCAUUCAGCAACGAACGGGUCCAACUUACCGUGUUGAAGAUAAGCCUUUGAAUGACUGGGUAGUGCGGCAGACUCUGGACUUGCUUCAGGCCGCCAGAACCUCGACCCCUCUGGGCCCUAACAAGCCACUGCAACUUCACACAGGUUUGGGCGACAACGAUAUCAACCUGAUCCUCUCAAAUCCUGCCUACCUUCAAGAUCUGAUUGCUCGAUAUCCUAAAGUGGAUUUUGUUUUGUUACAUUCUUCAUACCCAUACACCCGCGAGGCAGGUUACCUUGCUUGCGUGUACCCUAAUGUCUACCUUGAUCUAGGAGAAGUAUUUCCCAUGGUAAGCCGAGAUGCUCAAGAGUCUAUAAUUCGAGAAAGCUUGGAGGUCGUACCUACGAAUCGUCUCCUGUGGAGCACAGACGGCCAUUUCUACCCGGAGACGUUCUGGCUUGCUAACAAGCAGUUCCGUGACGCCCUAGAGAAGGUUCUUGUGGACUAUGUUCGUCAAGGUGACUUUGCCAUUGAACAGGCCAAGACAGCAGCCUCAGAUAUCCUUUUCCACAACUCGAAUCGCCUCUACAGCCUGAAUGAGACUAACUCUUACGACGAGACUCAAAAGCCUUGCUCUCGACCACUAGCGGGUUCGUCUAGUGACGAGUGGAAGGCUUUUGUGCAAAACAAUCCGGACAUCAAGUAUAUCUGGUUGCAGUUCUUUGACUACACCGCGACAUUACGCCUACGCAUUUUCCCAGUGCAAGAAUUCGCCAAGAUCGUCCGCAAAGAACGUCGUAUCGGCGUCUGCCUUGCCACUCAGCAGAUGCUCCAGAAUGACACUGUUUGCCCCGAAGGCUCAACGACCGGCCAGUUCUACAUGCAACCAGACCUGUCCACUCUUUCCCGCAAUGUUGGGCUGGACUCCAAGAGUGCAACCGUUAUGAGCUGGUGGCUCACGGAGGAUGGCAGGCCUCUGCCAGGAUGCCCUCGAACCCUCCUUCGCAAUGUGACUAAUCAGCUGCAAAGCGAACAUGGUAUUCAAGUCCUAUGCGGGUUUGAAAUCGAAGUCGUGUUUCUGAGAUGUAUCACCAACCCCGAUACAGAUCAGGAAGACUUUGUCCCGUGUGUCAAAAACCACUCUUGGUCUCAAAUGACCAGAGAAACCAGACGUAUGGUGCCAUUGCUUGAGGAGAUCGCCGAGACUCUUGCAUCUAUCGGCAUUAACCUCGAACAAUUCCACUCUGAAUCUGCCCCUGGCCAAUUUGAGUUUGUCCUUCCACCUGGACCUCCCCUCGCAGCGGUUGAUACCCUUCUCAAAGCACGGCAGGUGGUGACCCAGGUUGCUGAGCAACAUGGUCUUCGCGCGACACUACAUCCUCGUCCUUACACUCACGCUGCUGGCACAGCAUCCCACGCACAUCUUUCCAUCACCCCGUCCACGAAGGAGGACAGCUUUCUUGCCGGUAUUCUUCAGCACUACCCAGCCUUGAUGGCCGUUGCGUUAGCCGGAGACGUUAGCUAUGAUCGGGUCUGCUCUGGCUUGUGGGCCGGGAGCGAGUGGGUCAGCUGGGGUACACAGAACCGUGAAUCGCCAAUCCGCAAGAUCUCGCCGGCGCAUUGGGAAAUCAAGACAUUGGACGGAUUAGCGAAUAUGUAUAUUGCUAUGUCAGCAUUCCUGGCCGCAGGCUAUCUUGGAGUGAAGAACAACGAACCUUUGACGGCUUCUGAUUGUCCCUAUGACUCCGCAACCUUGAGCGAGGAGGAGCGCAAGUCUUACGGCAUCACUACCCAACUACCAAAGUCGCUGUCUCAGAGCCUCGACGAGCUGGAGGCCGAUUCUGCUCUGCAGGAAGUUCUUGGGUCGACUCUGGUUGCGAACUACAUUCUCGUCAAACGCGCGGAGAAGAAGAAGCUGGAUUCCAUGGAGGAAGAAGCACGGAGGAAGUGGUUGCUGGAGCGUUAUUGAUCUUGAUGCGAUGCAUAUAUAAUCACCUAGCGGAACGAUUUUGGACGAUUCAAGAGAAUAUCCCUAUUCCCUACCCAUACUACCUAGCUGUUCUGUUG